UGAAAAUGUAAUGUAAAAUCCAGAGGGCAAAACUAGACCCCGACAAAAAGCCAAGCAAACUGCAACUGCAACUGCAUCUGCAUCCCCCUCACUCUGUUUUCGUGAGAUGAGAUCAAAACAUUCUGAAAUUCUCCGGAUUUCACAAUUUUAUCAUCUCUUCUGAUUGCUUCACUUCUCCGCUUCCCAGAUUCCUAACUUUCUUGGACCUGUCUGCUUUUCUUUUCAUUCUUUUUUGACUCUUCUACUCCUUUGGAUGCCGCCAUUCGGGCGCCGAAUGGAGUUAAAAGAUCUGUCACUAUGACUAGUCACAAGAAAGUUACGUGUUUGAAGCUCAAGUUUGGGAUUCGUUUGAUCAUUUGAGGCUUCGAGGUCUUUUUCGUAUGGUCGAAAAAAGUUGCUUUGGAUCUGAACCAGAAUUUGGAAUUUGAUUUAAUAGAUUUAGAAAGAUGCCAACAAGGGUGGUUCCUCUGGAGGAAGGCAAGGACCCUUCACUUAUAAACAAGACGAAUCAAUCUAGGGUGUUGCCGCUGAGACUAUUUCAGUUAUUUGGUUUGUUUUUGUCUCUUUGUAUCGCCUUGACAUUCAUUAGUGUUUACACGGUUCGUCUAUUUGGAGUUCAGAGUGCAGUGACAACGGUUAAGUCCAAUUUUGAGGGUUGCUUCGAAAAAGAAAACCCGAAUGGUUUGGAUCAUUGGAUAAAACCUCCAUCAAAUUUAAUGCACACUAUGACUGAUAAAGAGCUUUUGUGGAGAGCAUCAUUUGUUCCUCGAGUAAAGAAAUACCCUUUUAAGAGAGUUCCAAAAAUUGCAUUUAUGUUUUUGACGAAGGGGCCACUCCCACUUGGACCUCUUUGGGAGAAGUUCUUGAAGGAGCAUGAAGGGCUAUAUUCUAUCUAUGUUCAUGCGUUGCCAACCUACGAGGGUAAAUAUCCAUCAUCAUCAAUUUUUAAUGGGAGACAAAUUCCAAGUCAGAUCUCUGAAUGGGGAAGAAUGAGCAUGUGUGAUGCAGAGAGAAGACUAAUUGCCAAUGCAUUGCUUGAUAUCUCCAAUGAAUGGUUCAUACUCCUCUCAGAAUCCUGCAUUCCUCUAUAUAACUUCUCCAUCAUCUACCACUACAUAAUGAGAUCCAAAUAUAGUUUCAUGGGUGUAUAUGAUGACCCUGGACCAUAUGGUAGAGGACGUUAUAAUGAGAACAUGGCUCCCGUGGUGAACAUUACCCAAUGGCGUAAAGGAUCCCAGUGGUUUGAAGUUAACCGAAAGGUUGCAGUCAACAUUGUGGAAGAUACUACAUUUUAUCCAAAAUUUGAACAGUUCUGUCGACCAGCAUGCUAUGUGGAUGAACACUAUUUUCCCACGAUGCUAGCUAUUCAAGCGCCAAAUCUCUUAGCAAACAGAAGCCUCACUUGGACAGACUGGUCAAGGGGUGGACCUCAUCCAGCCACAUUCGGAAGAGAUGAUAUCACAGAAGAAUUUUUCCAGAAAGUUUUCAAAGGUCAAGAAUGCACAUACAAUAACCAGCCCUCUUCAGUAUGUUAUCUUUUUGCAAGAAAAUUUGCACCAAGUGCUUUAGAACCUCUGAUGAAUAUAUCAUCAAAAGUUCUGGGCUUCUGAGAAAUGAAUUAGCCUUCCAAUUUUGAACUCUGAAAGAAUGCUAGAAGCAGAUGAAAAAGGUCAGUAGGAGCUCAUCUUUUUUCAUCCCUUGCAUCAUAUAUGUGGAUUAUGUUAUAGGUUUAGAUGACUCAUCUUAUUUUUAUGUUUACAGAGUCUGACUACAGAGAUUUGGUUCCAGCUUCAUUUUUUUGUAUUGAGUUAAUUGGGAUUAGACAAUAAGGUUUAAUACUUAGCAAUGCUCGAUAGUGUAUAUUUCAUGUGGUGUUUGCUAAUGCAUUCUGUGUUUUCUUAAA